ACUUAACUUCUUACCCCCUCACGAUGACGAACUCCAUUAGGCCUACUAUUAAUUUUUGUUUGACGAUGUAAUUAAUAGAUGAUUGUCCGAGAAAAAAAUCAUUAAAAGGAGAAAGCUGCUUGUUGUGCCUCAUCAAAUCUUAAUGAUAACCCUGCAAAAGGAGUUUUUCCUCCCCUAAAGAGUUGAUUAGGAAAUUAUAACCGUUGAAGAAUGACUUCCACGAGUAGUGUGGCUUCAGGAGAUGAAGAUGAGCUUACCCUACCAAGAGCUUCAGUCAAUAAAAUGAUAAAAGAACUACUACCAAAUAUACGUGUGGCAAACGAGUCAAGAGAACUAAUAUUGAACUGUUGUACUGAAUUCAUUCACCUUAUAUCAUCAGAAGCAAAUGAAAUAUGUAACCAACAACAAAAACGGACAAUUAAUGCUGAGCAUAUCUUAAUGGCUCUUGAUAAACUCGGCUUUGGAGAUUACCGUGCGGAUGCAGAAGCUGUCUUGAGGGAUUGUAAGGCAAUUGCAGCUAAACGUCGCAGACAAAGCACCCGGUUGGAGAAUCUAGGCAUUCCUGAAGAAGUGUUAUUACGACAACAACAAGAACUGUUUGCCAAAGCUCGUGAGGAGCAAGCUCGUGAUGAGCAGCAGCAAUGGCAACAAUUACAGGCUGAGGCACAGUUACAAGCUACCAUGCAACAGUCAAUGGACUCCAGUGACGAUGAUGAUUACUCUUAAUUCUCAUUAAUAAAUCUCCUUGUAAAUAAAUUUCUUGAA